AAAACAGGCAAACCCCCUGACCCGAGAUAUAAAAAUGAAGAUAAAACCCAAAACCCUACUCUUUCCUGUAAAAUCUCCCCACUAAACCCUGUGUCAUUCUUUGUUGCUAUGUCCUCUCAUUUCACCACAUACAAGCUAAUCCAUAUGUUUAAGAGCGUUUGGCUCUUCUGCGCAUGUGCAAUUUGAGUUAAUUAAGUUAAACAAAGUGGAUAAGGAGGGACGUAUUCAAGUUAAAAAGAAGAGGGUGGACAGUGAAAAUGAAGAGGAAGACGCCACUUCAGCUUCAGACCCUUGAGGAUUUCUAUACAGAGGAAAACUAUCCCACACAAGAGGCGAUGCAAAGCUAUGCUUCAGCUUUGGGGUUGACAUCUAAGCAAGUUCGAGGAUGGUUUAUUGAGAGAAGGAGAAGGGAUAAAAGGGAUAAUGAAACUGAUAGAUCGAAGACUAAGACCUUGUCUUCAAGAUACGAAUGUACAUCUACGAGGAAAGAGAGCAGUAUCAACAAGAGAGCAGAAAAAAUUAUUCUUCAAGAUUUAUUAACUCCGGGCUACAUUUUGAAAAAGUUGUUUCGUAAGGAUGGUCCUCCGCUUGGAGUGCAAUUUGACUCUCUUCCUUCAAAAGUAUUUCAUCAAAAUAUGGAUUCUAGAAAUUCUCAAGCUUCGUAUGAAGAAAAACAAAGGGCAAAAAAAAGGAGAAAGGUUUCUAAGAAGAGUCUUCUUGAUUGUCAGGAUUGCAAUGAAAAGGCAGCAGGGAAUAAACAUGGUAUGGGGAAAGGCUUGAUGACUGUUUGGCGAGCCGUAAAUCCUAAUGGUGGAGAUCCCCCUCCUGGUUUUGGUUGGUCUAGUAAACAAAACACAGAUUUACUGCAAAUAUCAACUCCAAUAUUGCCUAAACCCCCAUUGCGGAAGAAAAGACCAAGACAGCUGGCGUCCAUAUUGAAACAGAAAAGACUAGAAAAUAAAUUGCGGGAGAAGAGGAAGCCUCCCAUUAAAAGGAGAGAGGUAGGAUUUGAUAAAGAUAGUCUUAAUCUUUCAUGCAAAGAAAAAUGUGAACUUGCUCUAGAUGGAGAGGUACGCAAUUUUUGCCAGGAUCAAUCUGCAAUGCUAGUGGAUGAUGAAGAGUUGGAAAUGAGAGAGUUACGUGCAGGACCAAAUCCACUGACAUGUUCAGAUCAUCUUGGUGCCAGUGGAUUGCGUGGUUGUUCCCUUUGCAGAGACUUUCUGGCUAAGUUUCCCCCAAACAAUAUAAAGAUGAAGCAGCCAUUUGGUUUGCAGCCAUGGGAUUCUUCUCCAGAGACUGUAAAGAAACUGUUUAAGGUCUUUCAUUUUCUUUAUACUUACUCACUUAUCCUUGGUGUGUGCCCCUUCACGCUUGAUGAGUUUGCUCAAGCAUUUCAUGAUAAGGAUUCGUUGUUACUUGGGAAAAUUCAUGUGGCCCUUCUCAAGCUGCUUUUGCUAGACGUUGAAAUGGGACUCAGCAGUGGGAUUUUCCCUAAUUUGAGUGUUUCUUGCAAGUUCCUUGCCUUACUUCACUCGGUUGAAAAUCAAGAACUUAUUUUGGAAUUCUGGAAGAAAUCUUUGAAUCCUCUAACAUGGAUAGAGAUAUUGCGGCAAGUACUGGUUGCGGCUGGCUUUGGCUCAAAGCAGGGUUUGAGGAAGGAAUGUCUUAGUAAGGAAAUGAACCUCAUGGCAAAGUGUGGCCUGCGUCCUGGUACGUUGAAGGGUGAAUUGUUUAGAUCACUUUCUGAACAAGGCAGUAGCGGGUUAAAUGUUUCUGACUUGGCAAAGCAUUCAAAGAUUGCUGAACUGAAUCUUGCUUCCUCUACUGAGGAACUGGAAAGAUUGAUAUGUUCAACUCUUUCAAGUGAUAUUACUUUGUUUGAAAAGAUAUCGCAAUCUGCAUAUCGUCUGCGUAUUAAUUCUCUUGCAAGUGAAGCCAGUGAUUCCCAGUCGGAUGAUGAGGACUCUGGCAGUGUUGAUGAUAAUUCUGAUGAUGGUGGCCUGCUUAGCAACAGCAGUGAUUCUGAGUGUGAUUCAGAAACUCUGAGUCUAAGCAAACCUAGGCGUAGGAGCUGUCGUAAAAGUAAAAAUGUUCUGUCAGUCUAUACUGAAAUUGAUGAGAGCCAUCCUGGGGAAGCAUGGUUAUUAGGAUUGAUGGAAGGUGAAUAUGCAGAUUUAAGCAUCGAAGAGAAGUUGAGUGCAUUGGUGGCUUUAGUUGAUCUUCUUGGCGCUGGUCUCACGCUUAGAACAGAGGAACCCAGAAAAGCUAUCAUUGAAUGCAUUCCUAGCAUACACCAGCGUGGUUCUGGAGCAAAGAUAAAGAGAUUGUCGUCAAAUCAACAUAAUUUUCCUAGGCCAUCUUGGGUUCAUGUUGGACAGAUUCAAUCUGUUAAGGAAGCAUAUCCAUCUUCAGAGUGUCAUCCAAUUGAUUCUUCAUCAAUUUUGAAGAUCUCGGGAAUGCAGAAAUCAUCUUCCAGUGGAAUAUUUGAAAAGGAUGCAGAAGUUGUGUUUGAUGUACACCCAAUGCAAUCUAUAUUUUUGGGUUCUGAUCGUAGGUAUAAUAGAUACUGGCUUUUCUUGGGUCCAUGUAAUGCAUAUGAUCCAGGUCAUAAGAGGGUUUAUUUUGAAUCUUCGGAAGAUGGUCACUGGGAAGUGAUUGAUACAGAAGAGGCUUUGCGUACUUUGUUGUCAGUUUUGGAUGAUAGGGGUGCACGGGAAGCCCUCCUUAUUGAAUCCUUAGAGAAGCGGGAAGCUUUCCUAUGCCAAGCAAUGUCAAGUAGUCUGAUAAAUGAUGCAGGAGUUAGGCAAUUGCCACAUUCUGAUUCAUCAGAGUUGGAGGUUGUUAGAGAAGACAGUUCUUCUCCAGUCUCUGAUAUAGACAAUUUAAGCCUUAAUGAGGUUGCAAAUAAUUCUUUGCCCCCACGUGGUGCUAUAAUUCUUGAGGUUGGAAAGAGGGGAGAAGAACAAAACCGUGUAUGGAGCCGUCUUCAAAAGUUUGAUGCUUGGAUAUGGGAAGGUUUCUACUUAAAUCUAAAUGCUGUAAAACAUAGUAAGAGAUCCUAUCUUGAUUCACUUGCUAGAUGUGAAAGCUGUCAUGAUUUGUUCUGGAGAGAUGAAAAACAUUGUAAGAUUUGCCAUACCACAUUUGAGCUUGAUUUUGAUCUGGAAGAAAGAUAUGCUGUCCAUGCAGCUACUUGCCGGAAGAAAGGAGAUAAUACUAUAUUUCCAAAGCAUAAAGUCCUGUCUUCACAGUUGCAAUCCCUAAAAGCUGCAGUCCAUGCAAUAGAGUCAGUUAUGCCUGAAGAGGCCUUGGUGGGUGCUUGGACAAAGUCUGCCCAUAGGUUGUGGGUCAAACGGCUUAGGCGCACCUCAUCUUUAUCCGAACUUCUGCAGGUAGUUGCUGAUUUUGUUGGUGCAUUUAAUGAAGACUGGUUGUGGCAAUGCAAUGAUGAUGAAGGCUUUGGUGGUAUGGAAGAAAUCAUUAAAAGUUUUCAGACUAUGCCCCAGACAUCGUCUGCCGUUGCAUUCUGGCUAGUAAAAUUGGAUGACUUAAUCCAUCCAUAUAUGAAGAAACUUCCUUCUCUACAAAGUCAGGAAACCAGGACCAAAGGCACAGGUAGGAACAUUGCUAAGGCAUAGCUUUGGAGCUUACAGGUGGGAUUCACCCUGGGAAAGGAUAGCACUGACUGACUAUUUCCAGUUGUUUCGUCCUUGCUUUCAUCCAGAUGCCUAACAUGAAAAUCAGCUUUUGUCAAGUUCUCAUUUCAGGGAGCAUCACCAUGGCACGUUUUUAAGUCCAAGUGGAAAAAAGAUGAAGGCAAUACACAUUAGAUUGUAUAGACAUGAACCUUCCCUAUAUUUACGUUUUUAAGUCUUGCAUUACAUUUUCAAUCUAGCUAUUGUACAGCAUUAGAUGCACCCAACCAAGAAAAGUUUUUGAUAGAGAACUGUUAUUAUGGUCCUUUUUGCAAACCAUUGUUUCCGUAUUUUAUGAUGGAAAAGAAUGUUGCGGCUCUAUGCUACUCAUAUUCUGGAGGUGAACGAUUUGGUCUAUUUGUCUUGUAAUGGUGUAAUAAAAUUUUUGGGCGAUGUCAGAAAGAGAGGAGCUCAGUAGGGAUCUUCCCAGCUUGUAUUUGCAGGGA